CUUCAGGGGACAUCCCAGAUCUGUUCAGCGAGAAGGAGCUGGACCUGAUCACCUGCUCUAUCCGCACUGAGCUCUCCUCUCUGUGUGCUGUGAUCUUCAGGGGACAUCCCAGAUCUGUUCAGCGAGGAGGAGCUGGACCUGAUCACCUGCUCUAUCCACACUGAGCUCUCCUCUCUGUGUGCUGUGAUCUUCAGGGGACAUCCCAGAUCUGUUCAGCGAGGAGGAGCUGGACCUGAUCACCUGCUCUAUCCGCACUGAGCUUUCCUCUGUGUGUGCUGUGAUCUUCAGGGGACAUCCCAGAUCUGUUCAGCGAGGAGGAGCUGGACCUGAUCACCUGCUCUAUCCGCACUGAGCUUUCCUCUGUGUGUGCUGUGAUCUUCAGGGGACAUCCCAGAUCUGUUCAGCGAGGAGGAGCUGGACCUGAUCACCUCCUCUAUCCGCAUGGAGCUUCGUGGCCUGGGCCAGCUGGACACCAGAGAGAACUGCUGGCAGUUCUUCAUCGAGCGAAUCCGCCGGCAGCUCAAGGUGGUCCUGUGCUUCUCGCCCGUGGGCUUCACUCUGCGCACGCGUGCCAGGAAGUUCCCAGCGCUGGUGAACUGCACCGCCAUUGACUGGUUCCACGCCUGGCCGCAGCAGGCCCUGCGCUCGGUCAGCAGCACCUUCAUCCACAGCCUGGAGGGCCUGGAGCCCGAAGUGAAGGAUUCCAUAAGCGAGUUCAUAUCCUACGCGCACACCAGCGUGAACGAGGUGAGCGCCAGGUACCAGCAGAACGAGAAGCACUACAACUACACCACCCCAAAGAGCUUCCUGGAGUUUAUGAAGCUCUACGGCAACCUGCUGGGCAAGAAGAGGAAGGAGCUGACCCAGAAGAUGGAGAGGCUGGAGAACGGGCUGCAGAAGCUGCAGAGCACCGCCCAUCAGGUGGAGGAUCUGAAGGCGAAGCUGGCCGUACAGGAAGUGGAGCUGCACCAGAGGAACACGGACACGGAGGCGCUCAUCGCGAAGAUCGGCCAGCAGACUGAGAAGCUCAAUCAGGAGAAGGCCAUCGCAGAUUCUGAAGAGCAAAAAGUGGCAGCCAUUCAGGCCGACGUCACAAAGCAGCAGAAGGAGUCCGAGGACGACCUGGCCAAAGCCGAGCCUGCCCUGCAGGCUGCUAACGCCGCACUCAACACCCUGAACAGGCUGAACCUGACGGAGCUGCGCACCUUUCCCAACCCUCCUGGGAUUGUGUCCAACGUGGCGGCCGCUGUGCUGGUCCUUCUGGCUCCACAGGGCCGCAUUCCCAAGGACCGCAGCUGGAAGGCAGCCAAGGUGUACAUGAGCAAGGUGGAUGACUUCCUGCAGGCCCUGGUGAAUUUUGACAAAGAGCACAUUCCGGAGGCCACCGUGAGGGUGGUGCGGGAGGAGUACCUGAGCGACCCCGAGUUCAACCCCGAGUUCGUGCGCCAGAAGUCAUCGGCCGCUGCGGGGCUGUGUGCCUGGGUGAUCAACAUCGUCCGCUUCCAUGAGGUGCGCCUGCCUGGGCCUCCUCCCCCGUUCACCCUGUGCUGA